AUGUUCCGAGCUACCGUCCGAUCCGCCAACACCGUGGCCAAGCGAAACUUCUCCACCACCAAGGUGCGAUCUGUCCACUACCCCGAGGGCCCUUACCAUAACCUGCCCUUCAAGGUCCACAACCGAAAGAUCCCCUACGCCUUCCUGCAUUUUGGUUUCUUCCUUGCUGGAUUCCUUGCCCCCUUCGGCAUUGUGUACGUCCACAACAAGCGAGCCCGAGGCUAG